CCGGGUCUGCUGUGAGUGGCUCAAGUUUCCGCGCGACCUGGACUCCCACAGCACGUGUGAUAAUUCCAGACCCAGAAGUGACAGGUUCUAUUCUUGGAAGCAUGGCACUCUGGCGGUUAUACCAGCGGGCGCUGACUGCUCACCCGUGGAAAGUGCAGGUCCUGACAGCUGGGUCCCUGAUGGGCCUGGGUGACAUUGUCUCACAGCAGCUGGUGGAGAGGCGAGGUCUGCGGAAACACCAGAUUGGUCGGACCCUGACCAUGGUCUCCCUGGGCUGUGGCUUUGUGGGCCCUGUGGUCGGAGGCUGGUACAGGGUUCUGGACCGGCUCAUCCCUGGCACCACCAAGGUGGAUGCUCUGAAGAAGAUGUUGUUGGAUCAGGGGGGCUUCGCCCCGUGUUUUCUUGGCUGUUUCCUCCCACUGAUAGGGGCACUCAAUGGACUGUCCGCCAAGGAAAACUGGGCCAAACUCCGGCGGGACUACCCUGAUGCCCUCGUCACCAACUACUAUCUCUGGCCUGCUGUGCAGCUAGCCAACUUCUACCUGGUUCCCCUUUACUACAGGCUGGCGGUCGUCCAGUGUGUGGCUGUCAUCUGGAACUCCUACCUGUCCUGGAAGGCACAUCGGUUCUAAGCUUGCCUCGUCCCAUUGCGCCUGCCGUACAGUGACGCAGCUUGACUCCGGCACGGCCCGACGACCUCCUCGGGACGGGCACAUCCGUUUUCAUGGGGUUUGGUUGCUGGUCAGAAUGGGACCAGUCCUCUGGAAUGGCCCGUUUCACUCUAAAGUGUAAACUGACUCCUUUUGAAGUCACUAAAAUCUCUGAGAUGGCCUUACGCCCACCACGCAGCAGGCAUUCCAUACGUACUUGUGGAACCAUAUAGCCUUGGCAGCUUCGGCUUAUUCCCAUGUCCUGGCAAAGGCUGUUUACCCCCGCUCUUCACGGAUGCAUUUGUUUCUCUAACCACCCCCCGCCCCAGUGUAGCUCCAGUUCUCUGGGGACCCCCUCGAACUCUGUAGUGGUACUUCCGUAACUAUGUUACAAAAAUGUAAUCUGGAACCUGCUGGGGCAAUGAGUGAGACCCAACAGCAAAACACUGAGGAGUCGAAAUUUGUGGAGCUGGAAAGAAGCCUGGAGACCACCGAGCCCACUCUUUCGCAGACGAGGACACAGGUCCCCAGAAGUGAGGUGGCCUGUCCCCUCUACAGGUCAGCAGCAGAACAGAAACUUCAACCCACGUCCUGUAGGUUGAACUUUUGUAUGGCCCCCAAAUUCAUACAGUGAGAAACCUAAGGUUUAAGGUGAUAGUAUUAGGAGGGGGGCCUUUAGGGGUGAUUAGGUCACAAGGGCAGAGCCUUCGUGGGGUCAGUACCGUGAGAAAAGAUGCCAUGUGGGGACACAGCCAGAAAGUGCCAUUGAUGAGCCAGUGAGCAGGUCCUCACCAGACACGGAGUCUGCUGGCGCUAUGAUCUUGAACUUCCCGGCCUCCAGAACUGGGAGAAAUAAAUGUUUGCAAGCCGC